UAUCACUAGAAACCACAUGGCUGCAUGAUUUCAUGCUUGUAUAGUCACAUGGUCGCAUCUAUAGUCAUAUAAUUGCACGGCUACAUGAAUGAACGUUCAGGUAUAUAAGUAAUUAAUUUUUAAUACAGCGAUAUUUUGUCUGAGUUAAAAAAGAAUGGGUUUACAAAUUCACGCAAAGAUAGCGCUUGGAUGGAUAUUCUCUGCUGGUGUAGGAAUAGCUGCUUUUGCACUAGCAAGAAGACGUAUAAAUGAUAAAAGAUAUGAUAAUAUGAAAGCAAGGCAGCGUAUACGCGAUUCUAAUAUUGUAGAUUAAACUAUAUGUUUAAUGUUAUCUAUAUCUAUAUAUAAAUAUAUAUAAAAUAAAGAAGAAUUAAAAUAAAAAAUGGCUGGAAUACCGCAAUUGAGCGAAGAACAAUUAAAUUUAGUAAGGGAUAUAGAAAUUGAAAUGAUGACCGAUAUGUUUCAUCGCAUGACAUCUGCAUGUCACAAGAAAUGUAUACCACCAAAAUAUACAAAUCCAGAAUUAAGCAAAGGAGAAUCUAUAUGCCUAGAUCGUUGCAUUGCUAAAUACUUGGAUGUUCAAGAGCGCAUCGGGAAAAAACUCCAGCAAAUUUCUGUACAAGAAGAAAGUUUCUCGAAGGGUAAAGUCGUAGAACAACCAAAAAUAAAUUAAGUACAACAAAAUAUUAUUUUGUUAGAAGAAACGUAUGUAAAUUUUAUUCGUAUGCAUUUAACAGUUUUUUCUUCUAAUGAGUUAUAAGUAUACAUAACUUAAAUAGUAGUAUAACUUACGCUUACAAAGUCGUUAUUUCUGUAAUUUACAGAAGAAAACUUAGAAUAAAUAGUAAUGAAAACUUUACAUUACCGUUUAACAAUCUCUUACUUUAAUUUAAACAAUAAUAUAUUAAAAUGUGGUAAAAAAUAUAUAUCAUGCAAUGUUGUAUGGCGAAAGAAAAUGUUUUCCCGACAACACGUAAUCCUCAAGUAGAAAAAUUUAUUUCAUUGUAAUACAUAAUUAUAAGUAGAAAAAAUAACAAUACAAUCAAAAAGUCAGUCAAUAUAUUAAUCAUUAUAAACACAAUGACGUAAUUUUUUGGCAGCACGAAAAAUUAUGUACAUAUUUAAGUAUCGCGCGUUACUAUCGAAAUUACGGUAUUCCGUCAGAAAUGUAUUUGUUACGCUUUCUUCGUGAACACGAUUCUUCUGUAAGGGAGCUCAAUUUUAUUAGAUUUUUUUCGUUUCGUUGUCCAAAUUGCUAUCACAUACGCGAAACACUUCAAAUUUAAUAAACAAGUUGCCAUUAA